AUGCCCGAGCCUAUGUGGCGCGAAGAGGUGGAGACUGAGAGUGAAGGUCCUGAGGAGACCAGCUCCACCACGCGCGCACUGCCCGUGGCGCGUGCCGCGGAGCAGAACGAGGCCGGUGCGAGCCCGGUUGUCGUGCAGCCCGCGAAGGUCGCAAAGCCUUUCUGGCGCCUGGCGUCCACGGCAGAUCUGUCCAGGAACGAGUACCUGGACAUCGUCAGCCCCCAAGGGGUGGAGCUGGGCAAGAUCGGAGGCGGCUUUGUGGAGUUCUCCUCCAAGGGUGAUGCGAGUGAGGACCAGUGUUCCUACAAGGCUGAACUGCACGUUGUGUGGUUUGCCCUUGGCAUGGUGCUUUGUGCGUGCACUCAGCCUUUGAAAUGCGGGCAUUUGCUUUCUGACUGUGAGGCGGCCAUCCGAGCCAUCACAGGUGAAGGCACCGACUGUGCCAUGCAUGGCCUCGUGUGUGAGAUCAGGGCCAAGCGGGCUCAGCUGCUGCGCUUCGGUGUGGCAACGAUCCUGCAUUGGGUCCGCAGCCACGAGAAGCGGCCUCCGAAAUGGGUCCCUUGGAGCGGCGCUGCGCCAGCGCUCCAGCAGGCAUGGAAUGAUGAGGCGGACGACUGUGCCACCCUUGAGGGCGUGUGUCUUCGCCGCUGUGCUUUACGCGGGCCAUGGCAUGACCGUCGCGUUGCUGCGAAAGCCUGGGAAGUUGCUGCCAUUCAUCUCGCUGCAGCCGCAGCUGAGAGCCCGAGCCCGAAGAAGCUGCAGCUGCCGGUGGCCGUCCUUCAGGAGGACUGUGCACAGACGCAGAUGGGCUCGCAGGAGCAAGUGCUUCGCUGCCAUAUUCAGCCAGAAUCUGUGAAGAGCGUGCACAUCAAUGUCAUCGACGAAUUGUGA